AUGCUACAACGCGUCUAUAGAUUAUUUGGUGAUGAUGAAAAUGCUGAUAUGUCAAAUUUGUCAAAUUCACCUCCUACAGAUGAAACUUCAGAAAACCAUUUUGUUUCAUCGUUAUCCUGGGAUCUACGAUUACAAUGUUUUCUGGGCUGUCUCUGUCUGUCAAUAAUAUGUUCUUUAGCUGGAAGUGCCUUACUUUUUACAUGGAAAAUUACAGGUUUUACUGUAAUGAUAUCUUUGGGUAGUAUUCUAUCACUAGUUGGGACAUGUUUUUUAAUGGGUCCUUUAAGACAAUUGCAAAAAAUGUUCGAACGAGGACGUUUUCUUGCAUCGCUAAUGUAUUUACUUUCUAUCGUCUUAACAUUAUUAGCCGGUCUUGUUUUAUCAAAUCCUCCUCUGGCACUUGUUUUUGUCAUUGGACAGUACAUUUCAAUGGCUUGGUAUUCUAUAACAUAUAUACCAUUUGCACGAGAGGCAAUAUUAUCGCUGUGCUGCAAAUGCUUUAGCUAA